AUGGCCCGGGUGACCUUGUAUAACAAGCUCAUCGUGGCCUUCGUGGCCCUUGGCUCAUACUCAUAUGGCUACUCCUAUGCCGUCUUCGGUACUUCCAUCGGGAUGCCGGGUUUCUUCCUGUACUUUGACCUAGAUCCCGACAGCAGCUACACCGCGGGCAUCAUCGGUACUGUCAAUUCGCUGUUUGCCGCGGGAGCUGCCUUCGGUGCCAUCUUCCAGGGCUGGCUCGCCGACUGGAUUGGUCGCAAAAACAGUUUUGCCGUCGCCGCCCUCAGCUCGCUCGUGGGAUCAGCCUUGUUCGCAGGAAGUGUCGACGUGCCGAUGCUGGUGGUGUGCCGCUUCAUUAAUGGCUUUGGCCUGGGAAUUCUACUCUCUCUGGUCCCCUUGUACAUCGCCGAAGUCGCGCCGCCACGUCACCGAGGUGCCAUGGCCUCAUUCACCGCCGUUGGCUUCGCUGGUGGCUAUUUCAUAUCCGCUUGGGUAGGCUAUGCCUGCUAUUUUGCCAAAUCUUUGACGGUCCAGUGGAGACUUCCACUGGCAUUGGCUGUCGUUGGUCCCAUCUUUGUCAUGGCCGGUGUCUGGUGGCUUCCCGAGUCGCCCCGGUAUCUGAGCUGGAAGAAUCGCAACGACGAAGCAUGGGAGAUCAUCCGGAAAAUCCACCACGAUCCCGAGGACGCCCACGACUCUGCCGCCCGUGCGGAAUAUAUUCAGAUCGUCAAACAGGUGGAAUUCGACAAGACCAUCUCAUCCGGCUACAUUGACAUGUUCCGCCGUCCAUCCUGGAGGAAGCGGUCGCUUCUUACCAUCUUCCUCAUUUUCGCCAUGCAGUCCGCCGGAAUUCUCGGCAUUACCAACUAUGUCGUCCUCAUCUGCCAGAGCCUUGAUCUCACAGGGUCCAUGCCCCUGCUCAUGUAUGCCCUUUAUGUCGUGGUUGCAGUCUCUGGCAACUGUUUCAACCAGUUCGCGAUUGACCGGCUGGGACGGCGGAAAAUGUUUUUGAUUGGUCUCCCUGUCACAGGAGGUUGCCUCCUGGCCGAGGCUCUGUUGCAGAGGCAAUAUGUGGGAACGGACCACAAGGCCGGGCUCGGCGCCGCCUUGUUCUUCGUCUUUCUCUUCGGCAUCUGUUAUGGCUUCUUCCUGGAUCCGACCCAGUUUGUGUGGUGUUCCGAAGUCUUCCCCACCACCCUCAGGGCCAAAGGGCUAGGCUUGUGUUUCUUCACCUAUUUCAUCGGCGCCAUUACCUACACCACUCCGGCGCCCACGGCCUUCAAGAAUAUCGGAUGGAAGUACUAUCUCGUCUGGGUGGCUUGCGACGUCGUGUCUGUGGUCCUGGUCUAUUUCUUUCUUCCUGAGACGGCCGGCCUGUCCCUGGAGGAAGUUGGUCAACUGUUUGGAGACACGGUGGUGGUGCACCUGACCAAGGACGGUCACGGUUUGGUGGAGAUGGAUCAACUGGACAAGUACGAUGACAAGACCCCCACCGAGACUCGAGAGAUUGAGCGUGUCGAGGGAGAGGGAGAACUGCACAGCAUCCCGAAACAGUCGGCUUAG